UAGUCUUUAAAACCAUUUUUUAAAUUAAUCUAAAUGCCCACAUGCGGGAUACAGUGUCCCCUGGUGAAGGCUACAUUGAAAAAAACAAUCACCGAAGCCCCAUGGCUUUCGAAGAAAUAUUUUCCUUCAAAGGAUGCAGAUUUGGAAGAAGACGUAGAAUUUGAAGACGCUCGUGAUGUGGAUCGUCUUUAUAAGAGAGAGGUAGAUGGAAAGGUCAUAGAUAUAGUAACAGGCAUCACAAAAGAGGAUGUUUCGAAAGUUUCGAUCGCAAAAGUCCAAAGAAAAUCUGAAACGCAGUGGUCUGUUAAAGGAGAGGAUAAGGUGAUUGUAAAAGAACCUAUUAAAGACAUAGAAGAAGAAGAUUCAGCAGCCAGACUUUCGGAACGCGGAAGGCUAGAGCGUGAACGACCAGAACGUGAAAUAGCAGAACGCGAAAAACUAGAACAUGAAAAAUUAGAACGUGGAAAGCUAGAACUUGAAAAAUUAGAACGUAAAAAACUAGAACUUGAAAAAUUAGAACGUGAAAAAUUAGAACUUGAAAAAUUAGAACGUGAAAAAAUUAAAACACCGAAUGGAGAACCGUUGAGGCACGAUCCUAUCGAUGAGAAAGAACUUACGAUAUUUCCAGAUGAAUGCGAUCCCCAUUGCCCUCGGCGUAUAUCGCGAAAAAGUAUAAGACGUAAACUCGAAGAAAGGCAAAGCGCCGCAGAUUAUUAUUUGUUGAAUAAGGGUUCGGGUUACUUCGAAGACGUCUGUACUUGUUCCCUUUCCUGUGUCGUUCAUGCUUUAAAAAACGAUUCGUUUGUUAGAAGCAUAUUAGCAUCCACCGCAUUAUUUAUAUUUGGCUUGAAACUUUGUUCAGAAUUAGACGCGUGGUACUUGCCAACUCGAUUUUCAUAAAAUAAAAUCACACUAAUAAAUGUAAGUAAAACUUGUAAAUAAUCUACUCUCUUUAAUUUUAUUUUCUUUAUAAUACGAUGUACUUACUCGUAAACUUACGCUUAUGUAUUUAAUUUUGUCGAAAACAUGUUCGUAACAAUCGUAAUAAUUGACGAUGCGCAAUGAAUUUAUAAAUGAAAGGAUAAUUUAAAAAUAAAAAAAAACUGCUCCAGGUGAGGCUCGAACUCACAACCCCGGCAUUGCUCACGAUUCACUGUCUUAUAAGUACCGUGCGCUAACCAAUUGCG